AUGCCAAACUUACCCGGUCUUUUAGCAGAGGCCUCUCGUCUUCACUCUGGUAUGAAAUGUCGACUGCCCAACGAUUCCCCUCUCAGAGGCGGAACCCAUGACGUCUUCAAACUUGAGUUUGCUGAUUCAACUGAAUGGGCCCUUCGAAUCUGCCGAGAUGCCCAUGACUGGCCCGCUGAACUACGAGCUGUGAAGACACUGCAGCAUAUCAAACGACAUCAUCCUCACAUUCGAGCCCCCACCGUUCACGGCACAAAGCACCCGGUGUGGUUCAUGGAUUGGAUGGAUGGUGACCCGUUGAGUAGAUGGGACCUUCAGAUUCCAAUCAAGCCCCGUCAGGACUUCCUUGAGGAUCUUGCCGAAUUUCUUCUGCUGCUAUGGUCGACCCCAGCUCCGGCCUUGCCGUACCCCACCCCGGUGGUGCCCUACUCGAAAUGGCUGACGCAGGCGAUUGACCGACAGCUCAACCGGACCCUUUCUGGAGAAUCACGCUGGGGAGAUGCCAUGGAAUACCUUGUCAUGAGAUCAAUGAUCCCCUACUAUUCCGUUGCGGUGGAUGAGUACAGCAGCAUCGGUAUUGCUCAUGGAGAUCUGAACGUUCAUAACAUCCUGGUGGAUCUGGACCUUCGUCUCUCAGGGGUAAUUGACUGGGAUUGGCUCUAUCUCGGACCGCUACCUUCUGUGAUCCACCAUCCGUGGUUUAUGGCUGACAUACCGGGAUGGAAAAAUGACUGGGUUCAGGAAGGUCAGAACUUCGAGCAAGACCGUGAAUAUCUAGAAGGUGUGAUGAGAAAGAAGGAAGAAGAGAGAAAGCUGGAUAGCACUGUUUCGACCUUGCUUCACGGAUCCAAGGAUCGAAUGUUCUUCCAGGCGGCAAUUUCGAUGCCUGGAAUCCACGAGCAGUUUGUCGAGACGCAUUGUGCACGCACCGAUGGCAACAUGGCGAUUGCCAACCAACAGCUCCAAGCGGUCCUUACUAUCCACCCGGGAUGGGAGAAGCAGCCGGGAGUGCAGAGAAUCCGCCAAAUGAUGAAGGAAGUCUAG